AUGAAGUUUACUACUGUUGCUGCUGUUGCACUUGCUGCUUCCACUGUUGUUGCUCAACACGACAACGGUGACACCACUUUCAAGUCUGGUAAGUUCAACAAGACCAAGGCUUCCCAUGCCCCAACCUCUUCUGGUACCCACAAAUGGGGUAAGUUCGACAAGACCAAGGCUUCUCACUCCCCAACCUCUUCUGGUACCCAUAAGUGGGGUAAGUUCAACAAGACCAAGGCUUCUCACUCCCCAACCUCUACUGGUACCCACAAAUGGGGUAAGUUUAACAAGACCAAGCCAUCCCAUGCUCCAACCUCUUCUGGUACCCACAAAUGGGGUAAGUUCGACAAGACCAAGGCUUCUCACUCCCCAACUUCUACUGGUACCCACAAAUGGGGUAAGUUCAACAAGACCAACAAGAAGCAAGCUUCUGAAAACGAGGCUGCUCUAGCUAAGAUGUCCAGCUCCUUCUUGGUUGCUGGUAUCGCCGCUUUCUUGUUGUAG